AUGGGCGACAAAGCAAUUCCUGAUCGCGCCUCCACCACCACCAGUCCUUUCCCCUUCUUCCCCAACUUUCACCUCGACUUCCCUAAUCCGUUUCGCCGGGAGACCCAACAACCCCGCCGCCAAAUCGUCGCCUCCGAUGACCCUACACCGGCCGCCGCCGCCGACAAACCUGAUGCAGUCAAGUUUGCGGAACAACGCAAACCUUCCUCGACUGCUCCUCCUCUUCAGCUGGAAGUCGACGAGCCUUCUCAUCCCCUGCUCACUUAUUCGGUCUAUGCACUCGGAGGGUUCAUCGUUCUGAAGUGGACCGGCAGCUUCAACCAAUUCCGCUCCGCCAUGGAGUUCUUCCACAAGGCCAAAGUCGUCCGCCUCCGCAGCCACCACGACAAGUACCUCCUCGCCGACGACAACGAGGAAUCCGUCCUGCAGGACUGA